ACAAUGAUUAUGAAGUCAUACUUGGUGAAGAUGAUAUAUUGAACGAUACAGGAGGACAUCUUAGAUCUUGGACGAGAAUCGAUAAGCUCUUGUUGAUGUUUUGUGCCCUGUGCGAUUUUGCAGAUGGAACAGAAAUUGACCUACCUGGAAUGCUGACACAACAAGUUUCGUGUGACAUUGAACUGUCUCCCUGGAAGGAAGGAUUACUGAAAUGUAGUUUAUAUAUCGCAUUAGUAAUUUCAACUUUCAUUGCCGGACCACUGUCAAUAAGGUUUGGAAGACGGAAGUUGAUUAUAAUCUCGCUCUACCUGAGUGCAAUGAGUACAAUAGUCUGUGCUAUAGUUGCAGACUUUAACACUCUCCUUCUUUCCCGAAUACUCCUUGGCUUUUGUCUUGGACUGAGACACACCCUGCUUUAUGUUUGGGUCGCUGAGAUGGUUUCCAGUCAACAGAUUCUAGCUAAGAUAUUAAUGGUACAGUCCAUAGUGUACUAUGCGGGGGAAAUGUGGUCGUCGGUGUUGGGGUUCCUCCUUCUCGACCUGAUUGGAUGGAGAAUGUUCUUUCUUUGUGCGUCAUUACCCAUACUCAUUCCACCAAUCUUCAUGCUUCACUGCUGUUUCACAGAGAGAGUAGGCCCACAGAUAGAAUACAGUGAUGAGAAAGAAACAGUGACCGUCCCUAACUUUGUUGGCCGAACCACCAAACUAGGGUUGCUCUUUGCUUGUAUAACUUUCAAUGGCUGGCUUACCACCCUCCUCGUUCCAGCCCUGAUCAAAAUGUUCAAUAUCAAGGAAGCAGGAUCUAGUAGUGAUUGCUCUGUGACCAUGACUCGAGGGCCGGAACUCUUGUUACUGGGACUCGUUAACUUCGCAGCCAUACCCUCUACACUGCUCACCUACUGUAUUAAAGGAAAGAUAGGAUUUCGUAAACUACAGGGUGUAAUUGCCUUGAUAUACAUAGGAAAUUUUGCACUUAUGCUCUCACAAGAAAGCCUCGUUAUAGCGAUUUUAACCAACUUCGUAGCUAAGUUUGUGUACGGGAUCACUGCCUUGAACAUAUGUUACGUACUCUACGACGUGAACUACUUUGGAACAAAAGACUUUGCUCUAGGGAGUAGCACCGCCUCCUCAUUAGGUAUGAUAGGAGGGAUGACCGGGUCGGCAAUGGUCGCUUUUGCUCCCACGUCGUCUGUUAUAAGCACUGCUUUGGUGCUCUCUGCUGUUCAGAUACUGGUACUUUUCUCUAUGACAGAGGUGCAAGAAGGUGAGAUGGGGUAGGUGCAAGAAGAGGAGAUGGAAAAGGGCGCACAAACUUUAAAGUGAUCAGAACCUUUCAAAUUUAAGUUUUUCAUUUAAUUUACGUGUUUCAUCAAGUUUAUGUGUUUUUUAAAGCUUCAGAUUUAAUUUAGAAAAAAAUGGAAACAAGUAAUAAUUUUACGAGUUAAGUCAAAGUUAGAAUACUGCGUAAAGAACCUAAAUUGUAGUUUAUACAGUAUGAACGGAAACGGCGAAUUCCAGAUCUAUUUAGACUU